CAGGAUUACAGGUGGAAGAAGACCCGUAUCUUUUUCUGCUAGUGCCUCAAGCAUCUUUGGAAGAGGAGGCAACAGUAAGAAGGAGAAGCUUUUUCUGCAGGAUAUAGCGGAGCUGAUCCAAGCCAGAGCCUGCCAGAGGGUGGUGGUCAUGGUGGGGGCCGGCAUCAGCACGCCCAGCGGCAUUCCGGACUUCAGGUCUCCCAGGAGUGGCCUCUACAGCAGCCUGCAGCAGUACGACCUCCCCUACCCUGAGGCCAUUUUUGAGCUCACUUUCUUCUCUCACAACCCCAAGCCCUUUUUCACUUUGGCCAAGGAGCUGUACCUCAGGAGCUAUAGGCCCAACGUCAUACACUACUUCCUCCGACUGCUUCACGACAAGGGGCUGCUUCUGCGGCUCUACACACAGAACAUCGACGGGCUCGAGAGAGUAUCUGGCAUCCCUGCCUCAAAGCUGGUUGAAGCUCAUGGAUCCUUUGCCUCUGCCACGUGCACUGUCUGCCGAAGGCCCUCUCCAGGGAAGGACAUUUGGGCUGACGUGGCAGUGGACAGGAUCCCCCGCUGCCCAGUCUGCACUGGCGUUGUGAAGCCCGACAUCGUCUUCUUUGGGGAGGCACUUCCCCAGAGAUUCCUGAUGCAUGUGGUUGAUUUCCCCAUGGCAGAUCUGCUGCUCAUCCUCGGGACCUCCCUGGAGGUAGAACCUUUUGCCAGCUUGUCUGAGGCCGUGCAGAGCUCAGUGCCCCGACUGCUCAUCAACCGGGACUUGGUGGGGCCCUUUGCGUGGCAUCCUCGCAGCAGGGAUGUGGUCCAGCUGGGGGAUGUGGUUCACGGCGUGGAGAGGCUGGUGGAGCUUCUGGGCUGGACAGAAGAGUUGCAGGACCUCAUCCAGCAGGAAACGGAAAAGGUAUAGACUGUCAAGCAGGGUCCUCUGAAAGGCUGUCUUCCUCACUGCUCUGGG